AAGUAAUUUCAUGCCGCUAUUUUGUAAUCGUGUCUACGCGUUUAUUAUCUGACGCCACUUCCGGUCUAACCGCUGGCGUUCCGGGCGCGGAUUUUUGAAAACAAGAAGAAUAAACCACCGUUUAUAUUCACUGCCAUAAAACGGCUCAGUAUGGCAUCUAUCAGAGAUUAUAACGUGGUGGAGCAGUUCAACAGCAGACUGGAAGAGAUCAGGAGCACACUGCUGGAUCAGGCCAUGGGAGAAGUACUCAAUGACCGGGUGACAGAGCUCUGUCAGGAACACAGACACUACAUGAAGUCCGUCCUGGGUACUUGUUUUAAGAAAUGCAAGGAGGAUGAAAACAUGUUUGACAUGAUACAGACAUUCAAAGAAGAUUUGAAAGAGAAAACAUCUUCACUGAAAGAGAAGAGUGCCGAACAUCUUGAGGUGGUGUCAGAGAUUGAAGACAAAGAGCAUCACAAAGCUCUCUUAUUCCAGAGAAUUGAGAAGCUCAAGAAGGAUCAGACCAAAAACAGGGAAUUGAUUCAGUCACAAAAUAAAGCCAACAAGGACAGACUGAAGAAGCUGAACAAAUGUAAAGACAUCUUUCAGAAACACCUCAGUAUUGAGAUCAGAAAAAUCCAAGGUGAGAAGCUGCAGUUUGUCUUCAGGAACAUCAGUCGUAAAGAUCCAGACAUGGUCCAUAUGUUCCUCCUACAGCUCGAUGCAGAGGGCGUUUACCACAUCAUCUCCUGUGACCCUCCUCUGGAGAACAUGACACAUCUAGAGCGCAGACUGCAGGAGACCAACAACUUCUCGGCCUUCCUGGCAAACAUCCGGAGAGAGUUUGUGGCACUUCACAGUGGUGUAAAGAAAGCCUGACUGACGAACAAAAGCUAAUUUUUUUUUAUUUCAGAUCCACUUAAGACGGUCAGAGACCCAGACACCGUUUUUAUAGACAUUUAGCACAUGUAUUGAGCUUUUAUUUACCUAAACCAUCAGUAAUUACUUAAUGUUUUACUUAAUAAUAAAUUUCAUCUUCGUUUUUUCAUGUUCUUUGUACAUUCACUGAUUUGUAAUUUUAGCAAUAAACAUUUAUACAGGUCAUAAAAUAAACAAAACGAAAGUCUUAAA